AAGGAGACUUCGACCGAGCAACAAGCACAAAGUACAGCAACGCCAGAGAACAUCCAGGAAGAUUUCGGUGCUGAUCAAAUCAUUCCCGAAAUUGUUGGGACCCAGGUAAGAUUACCACCUCAGCCAGACCAUUCUACUGACAUCUAAAAGGACAGUCAGCCACUCUGUGGACAGGAAAACGACCCUUUUCAAGCUAUGAUGCACGAGAUUGGAGAUAUCCGAGCCCAUACCCAAGUUCCCCCUUUUGGCUUCGCUCCUUCCCACGCAGCUUUUAUACCAGAGCCACCACUAUCUCCGACUCACGAGCAUCUCAACCUCCAGUCAUCGCCUAUUCGUGAGCAUGCAUUUUUCCAGCCGUCGCCCCACCGGUACAAGAGCCUAUUUCAAGACAUGUCUUCCCCACUGCCGGUCGAACAACUUCUGUUGCACAAGUUCAUCAACAAUCUUCCUACCCAUUCGCCUUCCCCAUUCAAGACUGACAUAUUUGUGGAGAAUCCUGAGCAGAAACGUAAAUUGGUUGAGCGACCAGUCUUUUUGAAAGAACGGGACCAAUAUGACGAAAAUGGAGUUCCUGUUCGCUGCGUCGAGAUGGCCAUGGUGUACGACAAACCUCCGAAGCAUCGUGCACAUUGUGUCAUGGUCGGCUCGAGCAAGAUUGACGCAGAUGUUCCUGGACAGCCUGCGGUGGAGUUUCCCUGCUCAAUUUGGACGAGAAAGUACCCAGCUGGUUGGGACGGCAUUUACUUGAAUGAGGCGGGCAAGCUUGUCAACCAUGAGUUUAAUAGCCGCAGCAGAAAUCUCGUGUGGAUGUACUCCGCAGCAGCAUGUGUUGUCAUGCAAGGAGUUGAGAAAAGCAUCGAAUGUGUGGUUCCUCAGAAGGUCGUUGAAUUCAACGGAGGUCAAAUCGAUUUGGAGCCUGCAUGGGAAGAUGUUGUCAAUGCUCUCAAGGAGGAGUGUAUACGCCGGGUACAGGGCGUAUGCACAUUUCAGCAACCACAAGUCACAGGACAAGCAUUCUGGCGGCAGGGAUUCCAGCAGCAGGUAUUCUCUCAGCAAGUAUUGCCUCCGCAAAUGUUGAUGCAGCUGGCGAACAUUGAGAAUCAUCUUCCACCCAAGAACAUCCCGCGAAGAACUCAAAAGACGCCAAAGAAAUCCAAGAAAGAGCAAGUCCCCUGUCCACCUCAGCAAGCAUCGCCCUUUCAAAAAUUUGUUUCACACGCCCUGGAACGAUCGACAAGCGACGCUGGUGCCUUUACCAGCGGCAACAAUAUGAAAACCCCUAAUUCCGGAAACGAGUAUCAGACGGCUGUUCCACAGCGCGAGGGACAUUUUGAGCACCCUCACCUCGGACAUCCGCUGGGCUGGGAUGAUGGUCCCAUUCUACCAGGUUUUGGUCGCCCAUACCAAGAGGGAAUUGGCGGCCCUUCAGCACAAGAAGCAGUUGAAGCUCAUGGCCAGGAGAACAAUGUACCAUCCCAAGUGGUACAACCUAUAAGCCACAGCCUGCAAAACAACGAUAUCUCGCUUGAACAAGAGGACCAGUCAAAACCAAAGCGAAAGCGUGCACCGGCAAAUAAAAAGCAACCGACGCAAAUUGUUCAAGAGCUUUCUGGACAAUCCGACCAGGUUGCGGAAGCCGAAACACCACCGGCAUCCGGAAAAGCUGGAACCAAGCGAAAGAACUCCAUAUCAACUCGAACACCUGCUAAGAAGACAACUGCUGCGAAGACAGGGGCAACGACUGCACCUGUAACUAAGACGCCUACUGCGAAGAUGCCGGCCACUAAAACCCCCUCAUCUAAGACGCCUGCUACGAAGACACCUGCGAAAAAGCGUGGCCGUCCUCCAAAAAAGGCAACUCCGUCUUCUGAGGUCCGGGGUGAUGGUAGUGAAACCGGCGAAGCCAGCGAGACCGAGGACGGCAUGCGAGAUAAUGUUUCUGAGCAACAAGUUCAAUUUGGUCCCCCGUUACCUUCCGAUCCAUCAACGGGACUCGAGACUCAACAAGGUAUGCGAGACAAUGGUCCCAAGCAACCAGUGCAAUACGAAUUGCCGUUACCUUCUCAUCCAUCAACGGGAUUCGAGACUCAGCAGAGGCGAAUGAGCCAGUCAGUCCAGAAUCAUGGAUUCACCGCAAACCCUACCAAUCAACCCCAAAUGUCCUUGCCGGUUUGGAACAAUCCACAGAAGUCUAACCUCUUUGAUCUGCACGGAAGUUCUGCCAUCAAACCUCACUUCCAAGCUUCUCAAAUCUACCAUCAGAUUAGGAACAUUGAUGCUGAACAGAUACGCCUUUUCCGGACCUGCCCCAACGUUAUUGUGAACCCUGCGGGGUACCUCGAAUGCCAACAUCAGAUUGGAGAGCUUGGUAGAAUGCGAGAUGCCUUGUCCUCGAUGAUGCCUGCUCAUCUAUUUCCAAUGUAUCCGGUGGCUUGGAACAAUGGCUUCCAGCCCAACUACGGGCUGUACCCAACCCACCAGAACGACGGCCAGGUGCACCUGAACGGCCAAGUCUUCCCAGUACAACAGAACGAUAGCUUCCAGUACGGCUCAUCCCAAAUGUCUAGCAUGCAGCAGAACAACGGUUCCUACCAACCGCAUUCUCAAAUGUCUGGACCACAGUGGUACAAUGAUUCCGAAAGGAGCUCUACCCCCGGCAACUAUCUCCCAUCUGCGACUCUAUCCUUCACUCAACCAGCAGAAUUUCAACAAGGGGCACAGGCAACCGUAACUCUUCCAAACGAUUCCGCCAUGUCUAGUAUGAACGUGGGAGGGCCCGGACUGAAUCUCAAUAUUCCACAGUCCACCACCUCUCCGACGCCUCAAUAUCCGUCUCCAACUCAAAUCGGUCUUGCCGAAUUCCCCGAAGAGCAAGUACAACGCGCCCGAAGCUCUGUUAAAUUGACUCUUGAAAAGCCAUUUUACGGACUGUCGAACAGUUCUAGCUGGACCCAGCAACAAGAGGGCGAUGACCGAAUGACCGGGGACGACCUGGGAUUUUGAGGUUAAAUGAGGGUUUCAAAUAAUAUCAGGGGCGACAAUAUAAUUCGUUGUGAGUGUGUUGUACGAGAUACCCUUUAGUUCUUAUCCCGUAGCGAUGAUUCUCCUAGGUAGCAUGGUAGAUUAAGGAGAC